CGGUCACCACCACACCACGCGGCGCUUGCUCAGCCUAGCCCUCCAGCUUCGUCUUCUCCUUCGCGCGAGCCCAGGCACGGCGCGGCGCGCUGCCACGACGGCGUCGAGCAGUGAAGCGAGGAGCAGCACCAUGGACAAGCAGCACGGCGGCGGCGGCGUCAAGGUCACCUACAUCGAGACGCGGUUCGUCACCUCCGACGCCGCAGGAUUCAAGGACCUCGUGCAGCGCCUCACCGGCAGGUCCCCCGCCGGCGAAAAGCCGUCCCCAGCGGCGGCGCCGCACAGGCCGCGCGCGUGCCCCGCCGCAUCAGGUGGGGACUGGACGACGGCCGCUGCGGCCGGAGCUCGGGCGCCGCAAGGCUACGACGAUUACCGGCCGGUGGCCGAGGUGUGCUUCCCGGCCGUCGCCGGCCGCGCGCCGCCGUGCCAGGAGAAGCUGCUGCUCGGCAUGGAUGACUUCUCCGACCUGUUCUACGUCGGUGCCGGCGAUCAGUGGCGUCAUGGGCUAAGUGGCGGUUACAGCGAUCUUCCCUACUUUUGAUCGACCAUCAUGAUUGGAUUGUUUUUUCCUUCUUCCCCUAUUUCUUUGAGACGGAGAUUCGCUUGGUGACAACGAAUUACAUGUACAAACUACUGUAACCAUUACAUUCAUUUAUUCAUUUUUAGUUUAGUGUGUAUUCGCACUAAGCUUGUGUAAGUUCUCCCUUGUUCAAUUCAUUUAAUUUGCUCAUUUCUGGUUA